GGUCCUGUUGGAACUAUGUAACAGCACAAAAUACAUGUGUUUAACAGGCUCACCAGGACCUCCAGGCACUCCGGGUGUGGAUGGGAAGCCAGGAGUCAAUGCUACGGAAGGCAUAUCAGGACCACCUGGACCUGCAGGGAGACGAGGGAAAAAAGGUCUCCCUGGAGAGAGAGGGGAGCCUGGGGUGAAAGGAGACGUGGGAGACCCUGGACCUCCAGGACUGAAGGACGAGACCUCCAAUGACAUCUUCAUAGAGGGGCCUCCGGGUCCAAGGGGCCCUCCUGGCCCUGCCGGUCCCCCUGGUCUACCUGGCCCCCCAGCGACCUUAGAGGACCCAGAACCCUCUAGAAAUAGGACCAUGAGAGCACAGUUGUUAGAGAACACCUGUUUCCAUCAAGACAACAUGUCUGACUCUCUGGGUACAGAGAAUGCAGCCACAAGCAGCGACACCUUAAAUGUAACCAACGCAGAGACUGUUAAUAGAACCAUCAGGGCACAAGCCAACAUGUCUUCGGAGUCAGUGAAUAUGGCUUCAAGUAAUGACAUGAAUGUAACUGACACCGAGAACGAGGAAUCAAAUAACCGACAAAUGACAUACAUCGAGAUUGUGGAAGAAGGACCUUGGAACGCAAGUGAGAUUGUGGAAGAAGGACCUUUGAACCCAACCGAGAUUGUGGAAGAAGGACCUUUGAACCCAACCGAGAUUGUGGAAGACGGACCUUUGAACCCAACCGAGAUUGUGGAAGACGGACCUUUGAACCCAACCGAGAUUGUGGAAGAAGGACCUUUGAACACAACCGAGAUUGUGGAAGACGGACCUUUGAACCCAACCGAGAUUGUGGAAGAAGGACCUUUGAACGCAACCGAGAUUGUGGAAGAAGGACCUUUGAACGCAACCGAGAUUGUGGAAGACGGACCUUUGAACCCAACCGAGAUUGUGGAAGACGGACCUUUGAACGCAACUGACAGAGAGAUUGUGGAAGAAGGACCUUUGAACCCAACUGACAGCGAGAUUGUGGAAGAAGGACCUUUGAACACAACCAAGAUUGUGGAAGACGGACCUUUGAACCCAACCGAGAUUGUGGAAGACGGACAUUUGAACGCAACUGACAGAGAGAUUGUGGAAGACGGACCUUUGAACCCAACCGAGAUUGUGGAAGACGGACAUUUGAACGCAACUGACAGAGAGAUUGUGGAAGAAGGACCUUUGAACCCAACUGACAGCGAGAUUGUGGAAGAAGGACCUUUGAAAGCAACCGAGAUUGUGGAAGAAGGACCUUUGAAAGCAACCGAGAUUGUGGAAGAAGGACCUUUGAACGCAACUGACAGAGAGAUUGUGGAAGAAGGACCUUUGAACCCAACCGAGAUUGUGGAAGAAGGACCUUUGAACCCAACCGAGAUUGUGGAAGACGGACAUUUGAACGCAACUGACAGAGAGAUUGUGGAAGACAGACCUUUGAGCCCAACCGAGAUUGUGGAAGACGGACAUUUGAACGCAACUGACAGAGAGAUUGUGGAAGAAGGACCUUUGAACCCAACUGACAGCGAGAUUGUGGAAGAAGGACCUUUGAAAGCAACCGAGAUUGUGGAAGAAGGACCUUUGAAAGCAACCGAGAUUGUGGAAGAAGGACCUUUGAAAGCAACCGAGAUUGUGGAAGAAGGAUCUUUGAAAGCAACCGAGAUUGUGGAAGAUGGACCUUUGAACACAACUGACAGAGAGAUUGUGGAAGAAGGACCUUUGAACCCAACCGAGAUUGUGGAAGAAGGACCUUUGAACGCAACUGACAGAGAGAUUGUGGAAGAAGGACCUUUGAACCCAACCGAGAUUGUGGAAGAAGGACCUUUGAACCCAACCGAGAUUGUGGAAGACGGACCUUUGAACGCAACUGACAGCGAGAUUGUGGAAGAAGGACCUUUGAACCCAACCGAGAUUGUGGAAGAAGGACCUUUGAACCCAACCGAGAUUGUGGAAGACGGACCUUUGAACGCAACUGACAGAGAGAUUGUGGAAGAAGGACCUUUGAACCCAACCGAGAUUGUGGAAGACGGACCUUUGAACGUAACUGACAGAGAGAUUGUGGAAGACGGACCUUUGAACGUAACUGACAGCGAGAUUGUGGAAGAAGGACCUUUGAACCCAACCGAGAUUGUGGAAGAUGGACCUUUGAACGCAACUGACAGCGAGAUUGUGGAAGACGGACAUUUGAACGUAACUCACACCGAGAUUGUGAAAGAAGCAGCAUUUAGGAAAACUGCAUACAUUAUCAAAAGCAUAACGUGCUUUCCAAACGUCACUAAAAUGGAAACAACAUUUGGAGUUUGGAUGCAAGAUGCAGCUGAACGAUUGAACGAUAACCACAUUUGGAUGGCUGGACACUUUUCAGGUCGAGUCUUGCAGGAGUACAAGAGCAUUGCAUCAUUUCCUAACGGCAGGUCUAUUGACAUGAGGAAGUUCUACCAGGGUUGUGGCCACAUCAUCUACAAUGGGUCUGUUUACUAUCACAAUGCAGGAACCUCGAAAGUUGUCAAGGAUAACCUGAAGACCAGGAGAUUACAGACACUGGCCAUUGAGGAUGCUCUUUACCACAAUCGAACCUAUCUCUUCCACAACUCCAAGACGUACUUUAAGUUUGCUGUGGACGAGAACGGACUGUGGCUCAUAUAUGCUUCAGCUAUCAGUGGAACCGUGAUGGUGGCCAAGUUAAACCAUAAGAGGUUUUCUGUGUCGUCUGUGGUUAGCACGUCCUAUCCUGUACCGAACGCUGGGAAUGCCUUUGUUGCAUGCGGAGUUCUGUAUCUGACUGACACCAAAGAUACAAAAGUCACACAUGCCUUUGACUUAAUGAAAGAGAAACCUUUGAAUGUAAGUUUGGAUCUCAGAUCAGCCAAUGGUAUAAUGGCCAUGUUGUCAUAUUAUCCCGAAAAUCAGCUUUUGUACAUGUGGGACAACAGCUAUGUGAAAAUAUGCCAGGCUUAUUUUACUUUGGAUCAAAAAAGUCUAGUCAAAUGUUGUGGUCGUAAAUAAAUCUUAUGAUCGUAAACAAAUCUUAUGAU